AUGCGCCUCUCCACCAAGAUUGCUGUGUACAAAGCUGUGGUGCUGAGUGCACUGUUCUACUGCUGUGAGACUUGGACAACUUACCGCUGGCUUGUGCCCGUACAAGCUGAAGAUGGAGAGCAGCAGCCUGUUCCAGCCGUCAACUCAAGUACCAAAGAUGGUCAGGACACUACCCCAGAGUCAUCUUCCUCAUCAUCUCAGUCCUCUACUGUCGAGCAAGAAGGAGCUGACGUUACCACGCAAAAACAGUUACUAUGCAACCUCUGCAGCACUGGAAAGAACUAUGCAACUUUCAGUUCCCUGGCAGAGCACAAGCGAAGAAUCCACGGUUUAGGGAAGGCUCCAGCUUUCCAUUGCACCAUCUGUGACAAGAACUUUGUGUAUGGCAGAGACUUUCAUGACCAUCUGGCCAGUCACAACAAGGAGAAGAAGCAUGUGUGCACUGUCUGUGGCAACAGGUACGCAAGAAGGUCCAGUCUCCUACAGCACAGGAGACUGCAUGACCCAGAUGGACACAAAUGCCACACAUGUGAGAACUUCUUCCCAACAGGCGCCAGACUGAAAGAACACCAGGUUGUCCACACUGGAGAAACUCAGCAUGUGUGUGAUGUAUGCCAGAAGAAGUUUAAGUAUAAAAGGGGCUUGAUCACUCACAUGAGACACUUGCAUCCACAAGGGGAUGAAACACCAGCAAAGUGCACAGUUUGUUCGAAAGAGUUUAAGUGUGAACAGUACCUGAAGAGACACAUGUUGGCACAUUCCGAAGUAAGGCCGUUCUUGUGCGACACCUGUGGGAAGGCAUUCAAGUCUAAAGAUGUCUUAAAGAAACAUACUAAGACCCAUACCCAACCCCAACCGGCAAAGUAUGUGUGUGAGAAAUGUGGCCAUAGGUUUGAUCAGGAGGAUGAGCUAAAAGCUCAUACACCUAUCCACACUUAG